AUGGCCACCAUCUCCGCGGCACCCAUCGUCAUCGACGGCAAGGGGCAUCUCCUCGGUCGCCUCGCCUCCAUCGUCGCCAAGCAGAUCCUCACCGGUCAAGUGCGUGUACCCGCAGUCCCGGAUCGAGGCACAACACACACCUGGCGAAUGCUGACCGUCGUGAUUGCUCGCGGGCUUUGUCUGAGCAGAAGGUCGUCGUCGUCCGCGCCGAAUUGAUCAACGCUUCCGGUUCCUUCUUCCGUGCCAAGGUGAUUUUUGUGGAGAGCGCAAGGGCGUGAUAAGAGGAUAGGAAGACGUCGAGAGCACGGGAGGAUCAGGAUGGACAACCUGACGGUCGACGCGAUGCAGGAAGGACGAGGGCGAACGAAACGUUCGGCGCUGACACCUGUUGUCUUCUUCUUCAUAUAGCUGCGCUACCACGAGUUCCUCAACAAGCGUCACUUGGUCAACCCUAAAAAGUCCGGUCCCUUCCACCACCGUGCGCCCAGCCGCAUCUUCUACCGCACCGUCCGCGGCAUGGUCCCCCACAAGGUGAGCGCGCCCGUGCCCCAAAUCAUCUUGAUCUAGACCCCGCGAAGGUGCUGAUCUUGCGCGAGAUGAUCCGUCUUUCAGACCGCGCGUGGUGCGGCCGCUUUGGAACGCCUGAAGAUCUUUGAGGGUGUGCCGCCGCCGUACGACCGCAAGAAGAAGAUGGUCGUUCCCUCGGCCCUGCGCGUGCUGCGCCUCAAGCCCGGCCGCAAGUACUGCACGAUCAAGCGUCUCUCGCACGAGGUUGGGUGGUCCUACCGCGACGUCGUCGACCGCUUGGAGGAGAAGCGAAAAGUCAAGGCCGCCGCGUUCCACGAACGCAAGGUGCAGGGCGUCAAGGCCAAGGCCGAGGCGCUCAAGUCCGCCGGUUCGAUCAACGAGAAGCUCGCCGUUUUCGGGUACGUUUUCUGA